CGAAAAAAUAAGGGAGAGAAAUCAGGAAGAUAGGUUAAGGGAAAAAAUGAUAGAUGAUCGGGAAAGAACUUCGGAAGAUAGAACGAAGGAAAAGACUUUGGAUGACAAAUCAAAUGAAAAGUCAGAAGAAAAGGUGAAAGAAGAUAGGUUAAGAGCAAAAUCUAGAACGAGAGAAUUAGAGUCAAGAGACACUAUAAAGUCUAAAUCUAGGGAUAAAGAAUACGAAAAACUGACUGAAAAAGAUAAGACUUCACGGCCACGAGAUAAGGAGAAUUUUGAAGAGCGAGGAAGGAGCCGUAAUGUUAAAAGCAUCGAUCGGGAUGAAGAAGAUCGCGGUCGCGGAAAGUCUGAUACUCGCGAGCAGGACACUGAGGAACGGGGGCGUGCCAAAUCUAGAACCCGAGAACCGGAAGAAAGAGGGCGCGGAAAAUCCAGGACCCGAGAACCGGAAGAAAGAGGGCGCGGAAAAUCCAGGACCCGAGAGCCGGAAGAAAGAGGGCGCGGAAAAUCGAGGACCCGAGAACCGGAAGAAAGAGGGCGCGGAAAAUCGAGGACCCGAGAACCGGAAGAAAAAGGACGCGGAAGGUCAAGGACAAGAGAUCGCGAUGAAAGAGGUAGAUCUAAAUCACGUGACAAGGAAUAUGAACUGCUGAUGGAGGAAAAAGAAAGAGAAAGAAGUACACUAGUUAGGCGCGAUACGACGAAACACGAGACACAUCACGAAAAAAUGGAACAUCAGAUCACAGAAGUCAUGCUCACUACCAAGGUUUAUUUUGAAGAAGCCCGUGAGUUUAAAGCGAUUCAACUAUCAUCAGGCAUGACAGCCUUAGACGUAUUGACCUUUUUCCGCAGCAAUAAUGCGAUUACGGAUGCUGAUGCGUGGACUUUGUUUGAAUUUAUCAAUGAUUUAGACUUGGAACGUCCAUUGAGAGAUUGGGAAUGUGUAUCAAAAGUCAUCGGAACAUGGGAGUUAGGUAGAAAUAACUCACUAGUGUUGAAGAAGUAUCCGUAUAGAAGCUCACUCACAUUAAAUGGUUUUAAUAAUGCGACGCCACCAAU